GUUGUUUAGCAAAGGAGAGUUUAGAUCAACUUAGUGAUUGGUUCCCUUCAUAUGGGAUCAGAGAAAAGGAACAGCUGCAUGAAAUGGGCUAUGAAGAACAGUUUGCCCUUGGAGAAUAUUGGCGGGAUAUGUUCCCACACCUCAACAAUGUCUCAUAUGAUCCCCAAAAGUUUAAGAUAGAAUUCACAGUGAAAAACAGGACAGGUCAGAGUGCUUAUCAUUUCCUACGGGGAAUGUUUGGAGAUGAUGCCAUUGGCACUAUAGAACUUCCUGAGCCAUAUAGUCCAAACUUUAUCUUAAGGGCAUAUAAAUCCUGUCCAAGAUGGCUUAAAGAAGUAUACAAAAAUGAAGAAACAACUUAUAAGGAAAGAAGGUUAUUUACACAGGGAGAAAUAUUCCAGAGUACCCUCCAUGCUGUCAGUUCAAGAUUGGGUUUUAUGCACCCACUAACACCAAGGGAACUUGAGGCCAUUUAUGAUGAAUGCAGAUAUGAGAUGGCUUGGUGGCCCAAACAAGAGAGUGCUUGGUGUAUGCCAUUCACAAGCUAUGAUUUUGAGGUGAUGGAAUACCACCAGGACUUGAAGUAUUAUUAUGAGGAUAGUUAUGGCACUCCUCUUAACUCAGAAACAGCGUGCAGGACGUAUAAUGACUUGUAUUCACAUUUCAGAACUACAAUAUCUCAAGAAGAAGCUAAACCACAAGGGAUAUUUUACUUUGCUCAUGAUAAGACCAUUCUCAAGGUUUUGGCUCGUAUUGGCCUGUUUCGUCCUUCGGAACAUUUGAGACAUGAUAACUUUGCUGAGAUGAGAAACCGAGUGUGGCGUUCAAGCUUUGUAUCACCUUUCAGUGCAAAUAUUGUAUUUGUACUGUACCAAUGUGGAAUGCAGUUUAAAGUAGGCACAUUUUUUGAAGGUCAGCCUACACCUCUCCCUGAAUUAUGUACAGGUGUAGCUUGCCAUUGGAAAGAAUUGCAGCCAUGGUUGCAUGAAAACUACCAGACAUGUGACUUAAGUCAAAUAUGUAUGAUGCAUGAUGAACUGUGAUUGAUGUGCACAUUUAUAGAUUACUUGUAAAGGAUUUUUGUGUAGUAUGACUGGUAUAGGUUUGUAAAUAGUCUUUUUGUGUGAAAUAUAAUUCAGUCUUGUUAACUGAUUAACUGGUAUAGCAUUAAUAUUUUGUGAUAUGAUAAAAUAUAAUAGGGUAAAUGUUCAUAGAUGUCUGUUGACUUAUCUGUUUUUGAUGAAUUAUUUAUUCUAGUACAAGACAUUUUUUAGAAUAUAAAACUGAAUAAGAAAAUGAAAUCAUACAUUUUUAAGAAUGACAAUUCUACAUUUUUUAAAGUCUUUGGCUUGCUAAAAUAAUUUAUAAUUAUCAUUACUAAGAAAUGCUGCUCUUGUUAUAUUAUUAAGUAUUUAAUGUGUCUUGAAAUACAUGAUACCCCUAUAUAAAGGUAUUACAUUGACAAGUAAGCUUUUAACCCAUUAACUGCCAUCCAAAAUGAGUUCCAGAUCUAUUGGUAAUGCAGGCCAAUUUUUAUUAUAUUGCUUAAACUAUUUUAUGUAAAAGUGUUAAGAAUUAUGGUAAUUUUCAUGUUGGCUGCUGAUGCCUCUAACAUAUAUAUGCUCCCUGUUAGCAACCAAUGGGUUAAACAUAUACGACUACUUGUUUUAUCUUGCUGUGAUGAUUUUGAGAGAAUAAGCUCAGGUUUAUGAAUGUGUGCUGCUUUAUAGUAAUUCUGCAUCAUGAGAAUCACCCUUUUGUGGAGUACUAUUUUUGGCUUUUUAUGUUUUUAUAUGUUGCAUUUUUCUAUUUAUUUCAGAGUUCUCUCAUACUCUCACACACUCACAUGUACUCCCUCCAACACCCAUGCAAACUCAUGUAUGAAAAUAGCAUGAUUAUACCAUCUGACUAGUCAUGAAUUCCGAUAGUAGAAGUUGAUAUUUGAUCCCCUCACAGACAUCCAUUACCUUUCCAUUAAUAUGGUCUGGUUGCAAAUAUUAGGACAGUUACAGCUUCCUCAUAAGAACUUACUGCAUUAUCAUUAUUUAUGAAAACUACUUAACUAGACUUUCAUAUAUAGUUCAAAUUCAUAUUCAUGUUGUGGUUGAGUGUAAAUGGUGUCUUUCUUGGUUUUAUUUAGGUGCUAAAAAAUGUUGAAACAUUAUAUUUUUGUGAGCAUGAAAUAUUGGGUUAUAGCUCCCUUGCAUAUUAUUACCUUACCUAUUGCUUAAAUGAGCUAUGAUUAAAAUGCCUAAUUAUUAGACACUUGAAAGAAAAAUAUGAUUUAAAUGGUAAUGUAAAUACAAAUACUUUAUGUAUGUGCUGUUAUAGUAGUUUUAUAAUUUGCAGGCUAGCUGUGGGAAUAUAUUCAUGUUUUAUUUGAGACAUUAUUGUGUACAAAUUUUAACCUGACAUAUUUGACUUACAUGUCUAGAAUUAUCAUAAUUAGAUUAAAUUGUAUGGAUUAUAGUUAUUCACAUUAGCCUGUUACUUAAUUGUUCAUAAGAGAUGAAAACACUAGUUCCACUGGAUAUGCAUCAUGUAAUGGAGGAUAAUAGAGGUAAAACUAGUUACAUUAGUAUAUAUAGCAAAGUUUUUUUUUUUUUAGUAUCUCAGUUAGUAAUUACUAGCUGCAACAUAUACUUCAUACAGUGAUUCCACUGUAAACUGAAUAAUCAAACUGUUUUCAUUAUAUGAAAAGAAGGCUUAUUGUUAUCAAAACAAAAGCAGAAAUAAAUGUGAAUGAUUAAAA